GAGCUGACGUCAUGCGUCACGUGUCCGCGCGCCAGGAAGUGACUGUAUCUGGACCUGUUUUAUACAUAUAUACAUAUAUGUCUGAUCUGGACACGAAAAGAAACGAAACGAGCGGACUGAAGAUGAGUUCAAUAAUCCCAGAGACACAGAGUAUUAAAGAAGCUGUGAUUCACAUCAACUCCAUCGACAGCAGCAAGUUCUCCAGACUUCUGUCCCGGAUUCUGCAGAAGCUCCACCUGAAGGAGGAGCGUUCCUUCAGUGAGGAGGAGGAGGAGAAGCUGCAGAGCGCUUUAUCUCUGGAGAAACACACUCUUCAUCUGCUGGUGGAAACCCUGUCCUUCAUCCUCGAGCAGGCCGUGUAUCACAACAUCAGAGCAGCGGCUCUCCGACAGCAGCUGGAGAACAUCAGUGUUGAGUCGGAGAAAGCUGAGGUGUUCAGUCAGGUCUGGGCUUCAGCUGCUCCAGAUGUGCUGGAGAAGAUCCGACUCGCCAUAUUCGCCCCUAAGAAGCUGGAUCUCGUGGGUUGGCAGCUCAAUCUGCAGAUGUCCUCGUCGGCUCGGAGCAGACUGAAGGAGCCACACGCCGUCCUCAAUCUGGGGCUCCGCACGGAAGACGACGCAGAGCGUCUGCAGGACGUGUUUGUGGAGUUCAGCCAUCAGGAUCUGCUGGACUUCUACAAUCAGAUGGAGAGGAUUCAGACUCAGCUGGACUCCCUCAGCUGAUGCGGCCUCCGUCUGCCGUCCCAUGAUUCCUCUGGUGGCGUCAGCAGCUGUUUGGUGGUUCAGUCGUUGAACACUUGUUUCUGGAUUUGUAAUGCGAGGCUGAAGCGCUGAUGCUGAUGUGUUCAUGAACGCCAUCAAGAUCCGUCACACAUCUGAUGAUGUUUCAUUAAAGAUGCUUUUGCUCUGAA